AUGAACCCCACUUACACACCUCUAUAGGCCAUCACCACCACCACCAUCAAAAUCCUUUGUUGAGAUUUUAUAUUCAAAGAAAGGAAAAUGUCACUAGUAACAGAAGAGAUCAGAGCCAAAGCUGAGGUAUACCGUGGAGAUGAAAUCUGUCAAGAAAAAUCAAAGGAAUUGCUAAAUGAGAUAUUCCUUCCAAAUGGGUUGUUGCCAUUGAAGGACAUUGAGGAGUGUGGUUAUGUGAGAGAGACUGGUUUUGUUUGGUUAAAGCAGAAAAAGAGUGUUACCCAUAAAUUUGACAAGAUUGGGAAAUUGGUUUCUUAUGCUAAUGAAGUUACAGCCAUUGCUGAGCCACACAGGAUCAAAAAGCUAACUGGGGUCAAAACCAAAGAGCUUUUGGUUUGGAUUACACUCAGUGAUAUCUAUGUGGAUAACCCUCCAACUGAGAAGAUCACUUUCAAGACCCCUUCAGGCCUUUCUAGGAGUUUUCCUGUCUCUGCUUUUCAGGUUGAAGAAGAACCCAAGAAAGAAGCAAAGGACAACAAAGAUGUCAAGGAGAGCACUAAGGAUGUCAAUGGAGGAGCUGUGGCUUCUCUUCAGGUCAAAGAGGUUUAGGGAUUCUCUUCAAGAUGAGGACUUGUAGAAAGGAAAAUUAAAAUCCUAUUACCCAAAUCUUUGUUGUCUGUUCCAUUGGUUUUUCUGUUUUGUUUUUCCAUGUUUUUUCUACUUCAAGUUCUACUGCUUUCAAGUCCCUUUUACUAGUGUUUUUUUUUCUUUUUUUCUCUUUCUUUACUUAUAAUGAAAUAAAAGUUUAGUGCUUUAUGUUAUGACACAA